AUGGCGCUGCCCUUCACCACCCUUGAUGUGUUCACCGAAACGCGCUUCAAGGGCAACCCCCUCGCAGUGGUGACGAUCCCACCAGGCAUAGUCUUGACGCAGGCCCAGAAGCAGGCCAUCGCCAGGGAAUUCAACCUAUCUGAGACUGUCUUUCGGCGCUUCGACAUUUUUACGCCACAGGAGGAGAUACCAUUUGCCGGCCACCCGACGAUUGGCACGGCCUUUUUGCUUCACCCGAACGGCGUGCGGACCUUGCUUGCAAAAGUAGGGCCUAUCAAUAUCGAGCCGGCGGCGGGUGGUGCCCUCCGGGCCGCGAUCCCGCAUAAUGUCAGGCUGCACCAGAGACGUCUGCCGGGCCCUGACCCGGGUUCGUUCCCUGUGUCCCAGGCCGAGAUUGCGAGGGUGGAGCGCCUUGCACCGCUAUUCAGUAUAGUCAAGGGCAUGACGUUUGCGCUUAUCGAGCUGCCGUCGCUCGACCUGCUGGGCGCCGUGUGGGUAGGCGCUCUACCUGAGCUGCCCGCGGAGCUUUUAGAUGACGGUUGGCGUGAUGGCUGGGUCACGCGGCGAUACUACUUUGUCCGGCUCGGCACCGAGCGGGUCGGCGGAAGGGUAGUCCAUAGGAUCCGCACGAGGAUGGUCAAUCAAACAGUAGAGGACCCGGCCACGGGAAGCGCGGCGUGUGCGCUGUCAAGCUAUCUGAGCCUGCAUGAACUGGAGGAGCAGUCGGUCAGCUUUGAGAUCACGCAGGGUGUUGAGAUGGGACGGGCCAGCAAUAUCCUGAUUGACGUCGAGGUUGGCAAGGGCUUAGAUGGGGCAAGGAAGCUGGAGGCGCUACACCUGGGGGGAAGAGCGGUUCCGGUCAUGAGCGGCUCCAUCAUGGCCCAGCCAUGA